CUCUGCGAUGGAUCUUACCGGGCUUCUGGGUUUGGCCCUAUGGGUGUCGCUUCUCGCCGGCGCGGUGACCGCCGACCCCGGGACGGCGGAGACGGCGCUGAUCGCCUACAGGUGUCCCAGUGCGUACGGUGUGAAUGCAUCAUCAGGAUCGGCGCUGACUUGUUGCUACGUCAGCCUUCAAACGACAACCCGAAGCGGCUUGAAGCGGAGUGGAAGGCGGUGCGGUCCCAGACAGGGGUUGCCAUGAGAUGGGAUGACGACCUCGCCGAUGAGUCCUGCUCGGGCCUGGGCGCGUAUCCCGCCAUCAGACUCCUCCGCGGUGGCCACCCGCCGCUGGAUUACCUCGGCCCGCGUACGAGCGAUGAAAUCCUGCGCUUUAUCGAACGGGUCGAACGCUCCCCGCAUGGCCCCGUCAACGUCCCCGCCGAGGACUCUGUGUCUUUCCAAGGCUUAGACGACUUUGUCUGCAUCGGGCACUUUCCGCCGGGGACCGCACUGCGGCAGGCGUUCGAGGCCGUGGCGGACAAGUACCGCACCGAGUUCACCUUUGGCGUCGUCGUUGUCGACGUCGACAGCCCGGGCGUCGCCGCAGUCGCCAACGACGCAAAAGUGGUCUGCCACAAACGAGAUGACCAGAGCAUCCACACGUGGACCUCUGGCGACGACGGGCUGGAGGCGUGGCUCGUCGAGGCCUCGCGGCCCGUCAUCGCGGAGCUCACGCCCGCGAACCACCAGCGCUUCCUCGACCGCGGCUGGCCGAUGGUCUACAUCCUCUCGCCGUCGCCCGGCGUCCGCGCCUCCGUCCGCGCCGACCUCCACGCGUUCGCCAAGAGCCACUACGCGUCCCUGACGGCCGUGACCGUCGACCCCGGCUACUUCCCCGACCUCCCGGCGAGGCUGGGUCUCGAUCCGCCCGAAGACGAUCGCCCCGCCGGCGCGGUGCACCAGCUCUCGAACGGGCGGGUGUACCGCUACCCCGAGGGCAGAGCGUUCACGCCGCGCGAGCUGCAGGCGUGGGGGUUGGAUGUGUGGCAGGGCCGGGUCAAGCCGUGGGCGCCGCCCGGCCAGGAGCCGGCCCCCGAUGCCGGAAGCGGGAACGUACGGAUCGUGAGGUCGCACAAUCUCAAGGUUAAGAACAUCCUCGGAGUGAAGAUCCGGAUUGGAGGACGCGAGCGGGACGAGCUUUGAGGUCACUGGGGGGGCGUGCGUCUCUUGGUCGUUGUUUGAUUACUCUAUGAUUAUACAGAAGAGCUGUCUAUGAGUUGCGGCUACUGUGGCCAAAAGAUUCCUCGUCUGUUCCUAACCCCGAUACUCAUACAAGGUUCUAUAAUGUUUUCCCCCCAAAAACCAAAACUCCAUUGAAAUGCCAAGACAUCGUGUCGUGACACGUGCCUACCCGGGUAUCAUCGUCUAUGCCGUCCCAACUUUUCCGAUACAUAAUUACUGACAGUAGGUGCCCCCGCACA